AUGUCGGUAAUUCAUUGGAUAGGGCUGCUGCUCAGUCUCUAUUCAAUAGUUCAUCUUUCUAAUGCACAAUCAUGUUGGAGAGAUGUUUCCUGCUCCGGCCCAACAGAAGGUGCAUUCAGCGGAGUAUGGGAUAAGAAUAUCUACGCACCAUCAUCGCGAACAGUCCGACCAGCCUCAAUUCUCUCCGAUUUGAAAACCAAUGCAGUUGCAGACUCAUCUCAUCCCGCGACAGCCAAAUUCCACGGAAAUGGAUCGCUCGUGGUCUUCGACUUCGGCAAAGAAGUAGGCGGCAUCGUUCACCUGCAAUACACUUCAACUGGUAGUGGCGCUUUGGGACUUGCAUUCACCGAGGGGAAGAACUGGAUCGGAGAAUGGUCGGACUCCUCAAAUGCACGAUAUCACGAUGGUGCUCUCUACGCGAACUUUUCGUCAUCUGGGACCCACUCCUAUGACAUGCCCGACAAGUACCUCCGUGGAGGAUUCAGAUACCUGUCACUCUUCCUGAUCACAGAUGACUCUGCAACUGUACAGCUCAAAGAUAUUACUCUUGAGCUUGCAUUUCAGCCUACCUGGUCGAAUCUUCGCGCCUAUCAGGGAUACUUUCACUGCAGUGAUGAGUUGUUGAACCGCAUUUGGUACAGCGGGGCCUAUACGCUGCAGACGAACGAGGUCCCUGUCACCACUGGUCGCCUUAACAGUGGGGUCACAUCUGGCUGGCUAAACAAUGGUACUCUCGGUCCUGGUGAUACAAUAAUUGUGGAUGGUGCCAAGCGUGAUCGUGCGGUCUGGCCUGGUGAUAUGGGCAUUGCCGUUCCGUCUGCUUUUGUGAGUUUGGGAGAUCUUGAUAGUGUCAAGAAUGCGCUCCAAAUUAUGUAUAACACUCAGGAUAAAUCAACCGGUGCGUUUGAUGAGUCGGGACCACCACUCAGUCAGAAAGGCUCGGAUACGUAUCAUAUGUGGUCGAUGAUUGGCACACAUAAUUAUGUGCUGUACACAAAUGAUACGGCCUUUCUGGAGACGAAUUGGGAUGGCUAUCUUCUUGCCAUGGAUUUCAUCUACGGUAAAGUGACUUAUGCUAGCGGAUUGUUGGAUGUGACAGGGAUUCGCGAUUGGGCUAGAUGGCAGCAGGGAUAUAACAACACAGAAGCCCAGAUGAUCCUCUACCACACCCUAAAGACUGGAGCCGAGCUAGCAACAUGGGCCGGGGACACUACCAACCUGACCAACCUGUGGAACUCAAGAGCCGAAAAUCUCAAGCAAGCCAUCAACGAAUAUUGCUGGGAUGAUGGAUACGGUGCAUUCAAAGACAACGCCACGGAUACUACGCUUCACCCACAAGAUGCAAACAGCAUGGCCAUUCUCUUUGGAGUAGUCGACUCUGACCGUGCGGCAGGUAUUUCAGAGAAGCUGACCGAAAAUUGGACUCCACUCGGAGCUGUAGCUCCCGAGUUACCAGAGAAUGUGGUUUCCUUUAUUUCAUCAUUCGAGAUUCAAAGCCAUUUCGUCGUUCAGAACUCCACUCGUGCUCUGGAUCUGAUACGGCGCAGCUGGGGCUGGUAUCUCAACAAUCCCAAUGGUACAGAAAGUACUGUUAUUGAAGGCUACCUGCAGAAUGGUACAUUUGGUUACAGAAGUAGUCGUGGAUAUGGUUACGACCCUUCAUAUGUUUCUCACGCACAUGGCUGGUCGUCGGGCCCCACAUCAGCGUUAACGGAGUAUAUUGUCGGUCUCUCGGUGACCUCACGAUUAGGCAAGACUUGGACUGUUGCACCGCAGUUUGCAGACUUGGAACACGCUCAAGCCGGCUUUGUGACUUCACUUGGGAAGUUUCAAGCUUCUUGGAAGAAAAAGUCUGAUGGGUAUUCGCUGAGUUUUUCGGUUCCUAAGGGCACGACUGGGAAUGUCGUUCUGCCAUAUCCCAACUCGUCUAAAAGACCAUCAAUCAAGAGAGACGGUGCUAAGAUUUCUGCCGGAGUGGUCUAUGGGAAGUCAACUGCUACCGUCGCCGUGAAAAGCGGCGGCUCCCAUAAUUUUGUUGUCAAUUAA